GCGACACCAGAUAGUGAGUCGCACGAAAACAUUGCGAAGCGCGACGGAGCGAUACUCAGAGAAGAAACGCUUCAUCUGACACAACCAGCACCGUGUAGACAUGACAGUGUGCAACUUCUUCCUCCAGGGCCGCUGUCGGUACGGAGACAAAUGUUGGAAUGAACACCCGACGGGAGGAAGUAGAGGAGGAGGUGGAGGAUACAACAACAACUACAGCCGUUCCUCUGCUCAGCAGCAGCCCAGAGGAGGAGGAGGAGGAGGAGGGUUUGGAAACAGAGUUUGGGUGAAUCCUUCCCAGCAAAAAGGAGGCUAUAUCCAGCCUUCAUCUUUCUCCUCUCAUGGAACUGAGGAGUGGGGUCGAGGAGGAGGAGGAAGCGGAGGAGCUGACUGGGGUAGAGCAGCAGGAGGAGGAGGAGGAGGCAGCGGAGGAGCUGACUGGGGUAGAGGAGGAGGAGGAGGAGGAGGCAGCGGAGGAGCUGACUGGGGUAGAGCAGGAGCAGGAGGAGGAGGAGGAGGUGGAAAUGACUGGGGCCGAGGAGGAGGGAAUGACUGGGGCCGAGGAGGUGGAGGAGGAGGAGGAGGAGGUGGAGGGAGAAGAGAGAACGUGAAGAGCUCCGAAUACAGCUUCUCCGGUCAAAACAGAUUUUCAACGCCUGCUACUCCCAGUACCUUUGACAGGGGAGGAAGAGGAGGACAGCAGGUGCCAGCUGGUGAGGAAGACACGGAUGACAAAAAAGUGGAGAUCAUUCAGGUGGACAUGGAGAGUUGGGAGAGUUCAGGGCAGUGGGGCUUCUCAUGCUAUUCUAACCACAAGUCACCUCUAUCUGGUUUCUCCGAUCUCUCUCCAGAAGAGCUCAGGCUGGAGUAUUACUCCACGAGAGCUUCAGGAGAUCUGCAGAGCUAUGUUAAUGGUAUCAAUCAGUUGCUCAACCAGUGGAGAAGCAGAGUCCAGGAACUGAAGGUUAUGAAUCCAGCCACCCGCGCAGCUUUGCUUGCAGAGAUAAACAGCCCAGCACCUCAGGCAUCUUCAGGUGGCUUUGGUUCAGCUACAGCGACUGGAUUUGGAUCCUCUACAUCCAGCUUGGAAAGCAAAGGCUUUGGAGCCCCAGCACCAGCCCAGGCCGGCACUUUCAGCUUUGCUGCUCCUAGUGGUGGAUUUGGUUCCCCACCGGCACCGUCCUCCACCUCCUCAGGUUUUGGCAGUGCCUUAGCGGCUCCGACACAACCUCCUUCUGGGUUCGGUUCCUCCCCUUCUUCUGUUUCUUCUUUCUCCUUUGCUGAUCCGGCCACCAACAAGCCAGCAGCCGCUUCAGGAUUUGGCUCUGCAUCGGGGUUCAGUUUCUCCUCGACACCAGACACCGGCGGAGGAUUCGGGAGCGGUUUCGGCACCGGAGCACCGGCUGCAGCAGGAAGCGGCGGUAUGUUUGGACAGGCAAGUGGAGGGUUUGCGACGACCGCCGCUCCACCUGCAGCAGGAGCCGGGUCUGCCGGCGGGGCAUCGGACAGUCUGUUUUCGCAGCAGAGCGAUAUGACUCCAGAGGAACUGAAUCAGUUCAAGGCUAAGAGGUUCACUCUAGGCCAGAUUCCUUUAAAGCCUCCCCCAGCUGACAUGCUGGUGGUAUGAUACUGGAGGAAAAGUUCACACCAUUUUCGAAAUAAAGAGAUAAUUUAUACACGGUAAAGAUUUACUCCUUCCAGUGCUUCUGUUUAAACCAAAGUCACUAUACUCAUUUUUAAGAUAAUGUUUAAAUACUUCAUAUCGAUGAAAAACUCACUUUGGUUCCAUUUAAGAUUUUGUGUAAAUGCAAAGCAUGCUUGAUGUUCAGUUAUACAAUACACAGUGCGUAUUUUUAGAUGAUGUCUCUUGUCAUAUAUAGCGCUAUUUUCUCAAAUGAUUGAAUGUCUUUCAGUAUUGUUCUGAAUUUGCCAAUUUUACCUUUUGUUGAGAUGCUGACAGUAAAGUGAUCAGUUGAUGA